UUAUCUUGAUCUCCAGGAUCUAAAACAAUCAGAGGCGGCUGCGAAAGACGCAGUUCACAAGCAAGGGCCGGCGUGCUUCUCUGACCCAUCGGGACUCGGGUUUCUAAUUUCGGUUGGAAUCAAGCUUUACCUACACUAGAAUUUGGACAUCCAGCUGAGAUCAGGAAGAGAGUUGUUUAAAGGAACAGAAAACCAGGUGAGUACAAGAAAACAUGGAUAGACUUCUACGACUUGGAGGAGGUAUGCCUGGUCUGGGACAGGGGCCUCCUACUGACGCUCCUGCAGUUGACACUGCUGAACAGGUUUACAUCUCUUCCCUUGCGCUUUUGAAGAUGUUGAAGCAUGGUCGAGCUGGCGUUCCCAUGGAAGUUAUGGGGCUGAUGCUUGGAGAAUUUGUUGAUGACUAUACUGUCAGAGUGAUUGAUGUGUUUGCUAUGCCACAGUCGGGAACGGGGGUCAGCGUAGAGGCGGUUGAUCCUGUGUUUCAAGCCAAAAUGUUGGAUAUGCUAAAGCAGACUGGAAGACCUGAAAUGGUUGUUGGCUGGUAUCACAGUCACCCUGGCUUUGGCUGCUGGUUGUCUGGUGUAGAUAUCAAUACUCAGCAGAGUUUUGAAGCCCUGUCCGAAAGAGCUGUAGCUGUAGUGGUGGAUCCCAUUCAAAGCGUGAAAGGAAAGGUUGUUAUUGAUGCUUUCAGAUUGAUCAAUGCUAAUAUGAUGGUCUUGGGACAUGAACCAAGACAAACAACUUCAAAUCUGGGUCACUUAAACAAGCCAUCUAUCCAGGCGUUAAUUCAUGGAUUAAAUAGACAUUACUACUCCAUUACCAUCAAUUACAGGAAGAAUGAACUAGAACAGAAGAUGUUGCUCAAUUUACAUAAGAAGAGUUGGAUGGAAGGUUUAACCCUUCAAGACUACAGUGAGCACUGCAAACUCAACGAGACAGUAGUGAAGGAAAUGCUGGAAUUAGCAAAGAACUACAACAAGGCUGUGGAGGAAGAAGAUAAGAUGACACCUGAACAGCUGGCAAUAAAAAAUGUUGGCAAGCAGGACCCCAAACGCCACUUAGAAGAACAUGUGGAUGUGCUGAUGACUUGCAACAUUGUCCAGUGUUUAGCAGCUAUGUUGGAUACUGUUGUAUUUAAAUAAUGACUUGCUUGUAAAUGCUGUUUCCAGUCUCUGAUCAUCCAUUGUUUCAAGCACUGAGACUAAGAUAUGUUUGGAUGUCAAAGACAUCAUUUGCAGUCUAAGAGCAUCUCUCUAACACCUUUUCAUCUCAGUUUAUGCAAUUACUUUGGAUAUGUUUUUAUGUCAGGGUCUUUGCAAAUUCUGGAACUGAGUUAAAAAUGUGGUUGGGGUUUGGUUUGGUUUUUCAUUUUAAUAUUUGGAAGAAAAUCAGCAGUAUAUAUAUAUUGAUUAUUGCCAUGUAGUUUUUUUUUUAAUAACCUUAGUGUUCUGCUUGUGUUGUUCAUAAAUCGGGGAGGGUAUAUUGUUGACAAUAUUGUACAAAGUUCAACAAGCAAAGAAAGAUAUUUCAGUAAGCUGAUGGGACAUGGAGACCUCUAGCAUGUGGUCAUUUGUUGUUGCGGCACAUAUCUCUUCUAUGGCUAGGAAGCACUAAUGCGGUCUUAUUGCUUUCAGUGUGAGGGAGGACUGAACCCCAAAAACUUUAAAAGAGCUUGUCAGUCUUGAAAUAUAUACACAAAGCAAUACUAGGGCACUUCUAAGCUCUUCUCAGCACUGAGUUUGCUUCUGUCCUUUCCCACUACCCACCUGUAAUUAUAACUUUUCAGGUCAGAGGAGUGUGGCUUCCAGGCAGACGUGAGCCUGUGUAUGUGGCCUUUGACCACAGGGCAGGGCAGUUCACCUUAUUGGGGAAUGACUUCAUAAAUUUGUGCAAAAGGUGGAAACGAUACAACGGUAUUGAAGAGAAUGUGGAUUGCCUAGCUUGAUGAAUGGCCCCUGCAAUGUGCUGAUUAAAAACCUUGAAAGUGGUGGCAGGUUUUUUGAGAAUGUAUAUGGUGGCCCAGUUAAUUUGAGCUAUCAUUUUGAGCAAACAGGAGAGGGGCAGUUUUACAGCAGCUAACCCAGACACCUUUAUGGGAUGUGUGCCAGAAAGGGGCAGUGGGGAAGCAAGAUAUUGAAAGAAGCAUGCUAAACCAUCAAAUGCUGCACAAAACAACUGAUCUUCUAAAAACCUUGUGAGCUAAUCAUGAAGCUGGCUCAAGUUUCCUGGCAUAACUGCUGUAAGCUAUGGUGAGCGUUCUGUCUAUUUCACUACAGCUCUGUAAAGUACAGAAUUCAGUAUCUCAAAAACUUUCAUUUUCAGUCACUUUUUCCCCUCCCAAUUUUUUGUUCUUGCUCUUGGGACUGCAUAGAGCCUUGAAAGUGUAUGUGAAUUCAGAAAAAAAGGUUAGUGUAUGCAAUGCCAGAGUAACAAACCUAUUAAAAACAAACUUUCCAUAAAAUACAAGAAUUCUUUGUCAACAAAUUCUGCGAAACACCAAAUCAAAAACAUGCCUUCACAAAUUCUUUUUGGGUUAAAUCUUCUAUUAUUAUUACUAUUUGUAAAAAAAAGAAACUGAAAAAUACGCAUUUAAUCAAACAAGUAUUUGCACAUUAAAAACCGUAAGAAAAGAUGGAACCAUCAAGACUCGUUCAAGAGAGAUUUUUAACCUCUGAAAACAGUUUUGUAAACAAUCUCUUGCAAAUAGAUUCAAAGGUGAAUAAAGGAAGACAAAUUUACCAAUAAAACAA